UUGAACGUCUCCGCAGUCCCCUGCACAGAAAAUGCAAUGGACUCAAGCUUGAAAGUGAACUAUCUUAACUCCAAACGGCCCUCUAAAGCUCUCAUUUUCGACCGCCGCUAUGGUUGGGUGUUUGAUGAGUGGAAAGAUCCAUCAGAACAGGCCUUAGAGGGUAGCCGUGGAAUGUUCUGUGUUUUGCCUUUAGCAAAAGCUUUGUUGAAGACGGCUUCACAAACGAUUGAUUCUGCCGCCAACACUGCUGUCAAAGUUCUUGAAUCUCCCAACUCGCUUUCACCUGAAGUGCUGCAGACCAGCAUCAAUGAUCAACUCCACAAAAUCGCAUCCUCUGCGAAGAAACUGGAGUUCAGUAUGAUGAAGUUUAAGAAAAAUUUCAGAUGGGAGUUAACUACCUCCAACCUUCACGGAGAAAGUCACAAGACAGCGCCUUGCAAUCCUUGACGGCUAAUUGUGUCCAGUCUUAACCACGACAGGCUGAUGAAGGAGGCUACAAUUUCGCCUGUUCUGGGCUGUUUCCUCCUAGCUGCUUGGAUAUCCUCUUACUAUUUUCCUUUUGUUGGGUGUAUGCCCGUGACUAUUAUCAGUUAGACACACAUGUUAUUUAAACAAAGACAGAUAUCCUUGUGAAUGAAUCUUGGUGUUAACAUGUUAAACUUCAUGCUAGUUCAGGCAAUAUAGGACAUCA